CCGCUGGUUCCGUAACAACAUCCCGUUGGCUUCCCUCAGGCGGCGGGACCUGUGUAGCCGCCUCCCCAGGAGCGCCUGCCCGCCUGGGCUCGCGCGUUCCCCGCCCGGGCCGCCAUGGCCACCAACCCGCAGCCGCAGCCCCCGCCACCUGCGCCUCCGCCGCCGCCGCCGCAGCCACAGCCUCCGCCGCCGCCGCCGGGCCCUGGGGCUGGUCCCGGAGCGAGCGGGCCGGGUGGCGCGGGAACCGGCGCCGGGGACCCGCAGCUCGUUGCCAUGAUCGUGAACCACCUCAAGAGCCAGGGCCUCUUCGACCAGUUCCGCAGGGACUGUCUGGCCGAUGUGGACACUAAGCCUGCCUAUCAGAAUCUGAGGCAGAGAGUUGACAACUUUGUUGCAAACCAUUUGGCAACUCAUACUUGGAGUCCACACCUCAAUAAGAACCAACUGAGAAACAAUAUCCGACAGCAAGUUCUGAAAUCAGGAAUGCUGGAGUCUGGUAUCGACCGCAUUAUUUCUCAGGUCGUGGAUCCAAAGAUCAACCACACGUUUAGGCCUCAGGUGGAAAAAGCUGUGCAUGAAUUUCUGGCCACAUUGAAUCACAAAGAGGAAGCAACUGGGAGCACAGCUCCUGAUGAUGAGAAGCUGGACUCCUCCGUCAUUACCCAAGGUACUCCUGCUGCUGGGCCCAGUGCUAAUGUAGCCAGUGAUGCCAUGUCAAUCUUGGAAACCAUAACUUCUCUUAACCAAGAAGCUAAUGCUGCCAGAGCUUCAACAGAAAUGUCUAAUGCCAAGGCUAGUGAGAGAAUAUCCAGAAAACUCUCAUCUCAGCCAAGCACUGACAUCAACACAGACAAGGAGAGAGGCUCAGAGGAUGGGGCUGAAAGAGAAAAGACUACCCCUGAUUCCGGAGGGGAGGGGAUAGAAACUGCUUCCAAGUCAGAAGAACCUAACGAUCUCCCUUGUCCAGUGGAAGAAACUAAAAAUCACACAAAAGAGAGUAAUAGCUUACUCUUACUAAAUAAGGAUGCUCAGCAGGAAAUCACUGACCAAAAAAUUAAAUCAACGGACAAAGGAGAAAAGAAACCAGAUAGCAAUGAGAAAGGAGAAAGAAAGAAAGAAAAGAAGGAAAAGACUGAAAAAAAAAAUGAUCACUUCAAAAGGAAUGAAGAAACACAGAAAGCAAAAGAUGAAAAACAAGCAAAGGACAAAGACAUGGAGAGCACAAAGCUUCCUUCCGAAAAGAUCAACAGCAGAGCCAGGGCUGCUGAGGGCACAAAGGAAGAUUGCUCUCUGAUAGAUUCUGAUGUGGAUGGUCUCACUGACAUCACAGUUAGCUCUGUCCACACCAGUGACCUCUCAUCCUUUGAAGAAGACACAGAGGAGGAAAUUGUCAUGUCUGAUAGCAUGGAAGAAGGAGAGAUUACAUCAGAUGAUGAAGAGAAAAACAAACAGAAUAAAGCAAAAACGCAAACUAGUGAUUCUAGUGAUGGAAAAGCCAGAAGUGUACGGCAUGCUUAUGUUCACAAACCGUAUCUUUACUCAAAAUACUACAGUGAUUCUGAUGACGAACUCACAGUAGAACAACGGCGGCAGUCCAUUGCUAAAGAAAAAGAAGAGAGAGUUUUAAGAAGACGAAUUAAUAGAGAGAAACUUGAAGAAAAACGAAAACAGAAAGCAGAAAAGACAAAGUCUUCCAAAGCAAAGAACCAAGGCAAAAGUAGUGUGGACCUAGAAGAUUCAUCAACCAAGACUUUGGAACCCAAAGCCCCAAGAAUUAAAGAAGUCCUUAAAGAACGGAAAGUUUUAGAGAAAAAGGUAGCCUUAAGCAAAAGAAGAAAGAAAGAUUCAAGGAAUGUUGAUGAGAAUUCUAAAAAGAAGCAGCAGGCUGAGGAAGAAUCCAAAGAAGCCCUCAAAGCAAGUGAGCAACACUGUGAAAAAGAAAAGGCUUCCUCCAAGGACCUGAAGCAUGCUCAUGGCAAAGGUGAACCAGGCAAACCUGCCCGGAGGCUUUCUGAAUCUCUGCAUUUAGCUGAUGAAAACAAAACUGAAUCAAAAGUAGAAAGGGAAUAUAAGCGACGGACAUCUACCCCUGUUGUCUCAGAAGGCGCUCAGGAAGAAACAGAUACAAGAGAUGGAAAAAAGCAAGCAGAACGCUCAGAAGUUAAUGUGGAAGAACCCCAGAAGCAGAAAAGCAGCCUUAAAAAUGAAAAGUAUCAAAAGAAAGAUGAUCCUGAAACGCAUGGGAAAGGCCUGCCUAAAAAAGAGGCAAAGGCUGCCAAGGAGAAAUCCGAAAAAGAAAAAGGUCAGUUAGAAGAAAAAUUAUCUUCAAAACACAAAUACAAAGGUGACAGUAUACAUAAAAUAGGUGAUGAGACUGAACCUCACUCCUCUGAGAAAAGUUUAAAAACAGAGGAAAAUAUUCAGAAGCAAAGUCAACAAAAACUUUCUUCAGAUGAUAAAACUGAACGUAAAAGUAAACACAGGAAUGAAAGGAAAUUGUCAGUAUUGGGUAGAGAUGGAAAGCCAGUUUCUGAAUACACUAUAAAAACAGAUGACCAUGCACGCAAAGAUAACAAAAAGGAGAAGCACCCGCCAUCUGAAAAAACCAAGGCUGAGCACAAAUCCAGAAGGUCAAGUGACUCUAAACUUCUGAAGGAUGCUGCAAGCUCCAAGCAGCACAAUGUAACAUUGCAGAAAAGAAGCGAGAGCUGUUCUGAAGAGAAGUGUGAGACAGACUCCACUAAUGUCGACAGCAGUUCAAAGCCAGAAGAGCUUCAUAAGGAGAGGCGAAGAACGAAGAGCUUGUUGGAAGAGAAGCUUGUGCUAAAGUCUAAAUCAAAAGGUCAAGGCAAACAAGCAAAAGUUGCUGAAACAGAGUCACAAGAAGGUCUCACAAAACAUGUGACAACUCCAAAGCCUGAUAAGGAAAAGAACUCGGAAGACAAUGACCCAGAAAGACAGCGUAAGUCCAAACUUGAAGACAAAUCUUUAGAAGAAUCUGUUGCUGAACCUGCCUUAGAGAAUGCUAUGCCUUCAGCACAUGGUAUGCAGAAGGACUCUGGGCACAAAGCUAAGUUAGCAGUGAUUAAAGAGAAACAUAAGGCAGAUAAAGACUCAACCUCCUCCAAACUUGAGAAGAAGCUCUCAGAUGGGCACAGAAGCAGAAGCUUAAAGCACAGUAAUAAAGACAUGAAAAAGAAAGAAGAAAAUAAACCAGAUGACAAGGAUGGUAAAGAAGUUGACAGCAGUCAUGAAAAGGGCAGAGGGAAUGGCUCAGUCACAGAAAAGAAAUUAAGUAGAAGGCUGUGUGAAAACCGCAGAGGAAGCAUAUCACAGGAAAUGGCCAGGGAAGAUAAGGUAGCAGUGAACAUCUCAGGCACUGCCAGUAGUUCCCUGCAAAGACCAAAAAAAAGCAAUGAAACCACAUCGAUCUCUGAACAAGAGCCAAUGGAAAUCGAUUCUGAGGUAGUAGUCGACACUGUGUCUGAGCUUUCUAAAACCCAGGACAUCAGUAGUAAUAAUUCUCAGCAAGACACUGACUUUGAAAAUGUUACAAAACAUAAAGCUGCUGCUGGGGUUUUAAAGGAUGAGUUAAGAACUUCUGUGGUAGAUUCAAAACCAGCAGCUCUGACCUGUAAAUCAGGGCGUGGACUAGCAGUUACUAGCAAUUCUGAAAAGCAUGCUGACCAUAAAAGCCCAUUGACCAAGAAAGUGCACAGCCAUAGUAAUGUAUCAAAACCCACUCCAAAGGAGAGAGAGCCAGUUCAGCGAGGAGCCCAUGAAGUAAAUGUGGACUCUGAAGUGAGUCGGAGAGGGUUUGGUAAGGCCCCAUCAGAAAAUGAGAAGGGACAGAAGAAUUUAAAAGGCAUGUCCAAAGCUACUGAAGAAUGUGGCACUCAAGAAUGUGGCCCUUCUCUUGAAUACUCUACAAACUCAGAUCUCUCAUCAUCCUUAGGCUCUGUGACUGUUGUUCCUCAGAAAGAAUCUCAUGAUUCAAGUACAAUUCCUGUAGUUGACAGAGAAGUGAUUUCAGAAGGUGGCACAGCCAGUACCUCUCUGGUAAAUCAUUCUGAUGUCUCUAGCCAAAGUUUGAAUGUUAAGAAGUCAGAAGUCCAUAAGACAAAUGGGAACAAAGAAGGUAAUGAUGGUUCCACAGUAGAUAUGCCAACAAAAGCAAAUGUCGGUAACAAAAGGCACCUUUCUGAAGAUAGCCAGAACACGUUGCUGUAUAGUAAAGAAGGCAAAGUAAGCAUACCUCUUGCUGGCAAGACAACGGGCAUGACUGGGGAAAAUAAGAACAUUAACAAACAAAGGAGCUUGAUGGGCACGUCCAAGAAAGAAAGUGAUCUGAAGGUAGAGCCUGAUGUGAAGCAGGACAGUGCUUUAGUUGAGCAUGUCGUAGACCUGAGUACAAGAAAGGAGGCUGAAACAGUCAGGCGUAAGCAUAAUAGAGAUCCAGAUGAAAGUAAAAAAAUACCAACUGAUGUUGAAAGGAAGACCGAAAACAAUGAGGUGGACACCAGUGCUAGGCGUGAUGCUGCCUCUGUGCCACAGCAAAGGCAUGGGAAAACAGACAGGGUGGCAGCUGGAUCUGGUAGAAGAGACAAAGCUUUCAUUGCUACUAGUUCUGAAGGGAAGGACAAAGGCAUCAUGUUAAAUCCAGUCAAGGCUGGGGAUGCCAUCACCACUUCAUCAGAAACAGGAGAGAAGGGGGAGCCCCUACCUUGUACCAGUAUUGAGGCAGAUGAAGGCUUCAUAAUGGGUGCAUGCCCUAGAAGCCAUACCCUCCAGGUUGGGGCAGAAGCCAGUGAGUGUACUGUUUUUGCUGCAGCUGAAGAGGGUAGGGGUGUUGUCACAGAAGGAUUUGCUGAAAGUGAGAUUUUGCUCACAAGCUCCAAGGAAGGAGAAAGUAGAGAGUGUGCUGUGGCUGAGUCAGAAGGCAGAAUAGCAGGCCCCUUGGGUUCUCAUACAGUUCAGACUGAAGCCAAUGUGAACAGUAUUACAACAGAGGAGAAAGAUGAUGCAGUAACCAGUGCAUGCUCUGAGGAAAAGUGUGAUGGUUCUUCGUGUACAGUUGAGGGCACUGCUACCUGUACUGGUGAAGUUGAAAGUGACGGUGCUGUUACAAGUGCUGGAACAGAAAUAAGAGCAGGAUCUAUGAUCAGUGAAGAUGCUGAUGGGUCCCAAGAAAAUAGGACACAGGUUGAUCCUAAGAAAGAAACAGAAGGCACUGUGACAUGUACUGAAGCCAAAGGGAAAAGUAGUAACUUUACUUUCUGCUUGGUAACUGGAGUGGGAACCCAAGAGCAACGUGUGGUUACAGGUGCAGAUGUGGUCCAAGUAAAUGAUGAUAAACCCCGAGAGGCAAGUGCCAACCAAGAAGGAGAUGGUUCUGGAAAUGAUGGUACAGAAGGUGAGAGUGCAGUCACCAGCACAGGCAUUACUGAAGAAGAUGGGGAAGCAGCAACAAAUUGCACAGGCUCAGUGGACAACAGUGAAGGUUGUGCCAUAAGUUCCGAAACUGAAGAAAAUGCAGAGAGUGCAAUGGACAGCACCGAGUCCAAAGACAUUACUAAUGUACCUUUAGUGGCUGCUGGUCCCUGUGAUGAUGAAGGCAUUGUGACCAGCACAGGUGCAAAAGAAGAGGAUGAUGAGGGGGAGGGUGUUGUGACUAGUACUGGAAGAGGAAAUGAAACCGGACAUGCUUCAACUUGCACAGGGCUAGAAGAAAGUGAAGGAAUGUUGGUUUGUGAGAGUGGAGAAGAGAGUGGUCAGAUUGGCCCUACGAGGGACCAUGUGGAUGGUGAGGCUGGGGCAACAACUGUGAAUACAAAUGACAGUAAUGUUGAUAGCAUGAGUAGUGCAGAGAAGGUAGUCAAAGAUACUGAUAUCUGUUCCAGUGCCAAAGGGAUUGUGGAAAGCAGUGUGACCAGUGCCUUUGCAGGAAACAGUGAUGGGCCACCAGUUAUAGGUGGUAGUGAGGAUCCUUUGGCUAGUGCGUCAUCUCAUCACAGUGAUAGCCAGCUUACCAGGAAAGAAACAGUGGAAGAUAAAACCACUGGGUUGGUGAGGGGCAGUGAUGACAUUCUUGUAUCUGGAGCAGUUCCAGAAUAUGAAGUUGGCCACACGUCACCCAGGGGAAAAUGUGAAGGGAUCAUCACUUCUGUGGAAAACGAAGAGUGUGAUGACCUUAUGGCCUCUACUGCCAGUGCUGAUGUUUCCAACAAGGACAGCUUAUCUGGGAGUAAGAAUCAAGGCAAUGGCUUGGUGAUUUCUACCAGUACAAAUGAUUGUACCCCUCAGAUAAGUGCAAUUACAGAUGUGAGAGGAGGACAUUUGUGUACGCUGAGCAAUGAAGAAAAUAUGGGUGGCACCAGAAUACAUGUGGAAGGAUUUGAGGCUCCUAUGCCCAGUGCAAUUUCAGGUGAUAAGAGCCAACUCACUGCAAACAGAAGUGAAGAAAAGGAUGAGUGUGCCAUGAUUUCUACAAGCAUAGGGGAAGAAUUCGAAGUUCCUAUAUCUAGUGCUAUUACUGUCACAUGUGCUCAAAAACAGCAGCCAGCUGCAGCAGUUGAGGAAAGCACUGCAGGUCCAGCCUUGGUAAGCACCGAGGACUUUGAGGUGCCUAUGCCCAGUGCUCCCACUGAAGCUGAAAGGCCUCUUGCCUCAACCAGCAAGGAGGAAAAGGAUGAAUGUGCUCUCAUUUCGACCAGCAUAGCAGAAGAAUGUGAAGCCUCUGUCUCUGGUGUAAGUGGAAAUGCACCAUCUGUUACAGAUGGGAAUGCAAUUAUCUCUACAAGUUCAGUUGAAGACUGUGAAGGCUCUGUGUCCAGUGCUAUCCCUCAGGAGGCAGUCUGUCCCUCAGUCAUACCAGUCGAGGAGACGGGUGACACUGCCAUGAUUUCCACAAGCACCUCUGAAGGACGUGAAGCAGUCAUGAUUGGUACUGUCCCUACAGAGGAAGACCAGGCCACCACUGUGAAAGGGGAAGAUUUGAGUGAUGCUGCCAUUAUCUCUACCAGCACCGCAGAGUGUGUGCUGAUGUGCACCAGCCUAAGCAGACAUGAAGAGACUCAGCCAGCCACACAGAACACAGAAGGAAAUGGUGGACAUUUAGCUACAAAGCAAAGUAAGUGUGAACUACCCAUGCCCAGUCUCGUGGCUGAAAGUAACUGUCAGUGCCCUGGGCCAUUCACGACAGGCAAAGAUGUGGGUCCCUUAAUGGCAGUGAGUAUCAGGGGGGAGCAUGACAGGCUGCCAGUCUGUGAGCCCUCUGUAGGACAAGGCCAGCCAGGUCCUGAUGUGUGCAUAGGAGAGGAAGAGAGCCAUGACAAGGAUUGCCCGGGCCAAGACCUCAAUUCAAAAGAAAGGAAUACAUUGCUGAGCUCUGUUCAGAGGGAGAACAAAAGUGCAGAGGCAGAGGCAGCAAGGCACAGUAGCAUGGCCAGUGGUAUAGUAAGAAGGGACUCAGAGAGGAUUACAAACUCACUGUCUGACAACCCGCCUAAGACUAAGUGUCUGAGAGGACCAGAACAUAAGUCUUCUGAGUGUCUGGCAGCAGUAAAUACUGGUGCUAAAACUGAUGGCAUGCUGCCCAUCGCAGAUACCGCAUCGGAGUGCCCUUCUGACCAGCAGGGACCUGAGAACAAUUUGAAUACUACCACCAAAUGUAUUGCAGGCCAAGAGUCAAAAAUGGCUCCUUCGAACACAGCAGUCCUUCCAGCUUCCUGCCAUGUAGCUCCAUCUGCUCCAAAACAGGAGGGGGUCUUGACUACAAAAGGUGACCACAGUGGCACAUGCACUAGUAAAGGGUCUGCUGAGGAAACGGGACAUGUUGCUGGUGCAAGGCAGUCAUUCCACAGGGAAGAAAACCUUGAUGUCACUGUUCCUCCUGAGGAUAAUGGGUGCGGCAUAGUUUCAUUAGACAAUGAGGAGCUACCACCAAAGAGUGUAGGAGGACUGGAACUGUCAGCCAACUUGACAACUGAGACAUCUGUGCAUUCAGAGGAAGAUACAAAUCAUGGAGUGGUAGCGGCACCUGGAAACCCCUGCGUUGGAAGGCCGAAUGGAGCAGCUGAACUACAGAAGGACACGUCAUUGAUGAGGGAAUCAGUAAAUGUUGAAAAUUCAGAGUUAAGAAUCAAUGAAGAAAUUCACUGUGAAUCUCAAAACAAAGAAGAAGUACUCAGUGGUAGAAAAGACAGCACAGAAGCCCUAAGCGGUUGCAGCAUUGAAGAAGAUCCUGGAGAGGUUGAAGAGGAAGAAAGGCACUUAUCUAAAAGAAACAGAAAGCAACAUUACCCCUCCUCAGAAGAUGAACUAGAUGAUAGCCCAGAUGUCCUGGAUUCCAGAAUAGAAACAGCACAGAGACAGUAUUCGGAGACUGAGCCACAUGACACAAAGGAAGAGAACUCUGGAGAUCAGGAGGAAUUCUCUAGAAUAAGUUCAAAGACAAACAACACUGCCUUGGAAGACAGAGAUGAAUUUAGCAGCAGUGAGGGUACAGGCGAAAAGACUGAGCUGAAUGAAGAUGACAGUGUGAAGUCACAAGAGGAUGACCAGCCAAUAAUUAUUAAAAGGAAAAGGGGAAGACCUCGCAAAUACCCGGCAGAAACAGCCUUGAAAUCAAAAGAAGACUCCAAAGCAGAGACUAGCAUUACCACUGUAGAACAAUCUCCAACUGGCAGCAAACUGAAAGGCAGCCAAGCAGAUGAGUCCAAUAAAGAAACAGCCAACCUACAAGAAAAAAAUACAAGCAAUGAUGAUAGUGAAGAAAAAACAGCGAGUAUGCGCCGGAGAGGAAGAAAGCCCAAACGCUCACUGACUUCAUCAGAUGAUGCUGAAUCCUCAGAGCCAGAAAGAAAGCGCCAGAAAUCAGUUUCUGAAACAUCUGAGGACAAAAGAGAUCAGGAGUCUGAUGAGGAAGAGGAAGAAGAGGAGGAGGAUGAGCCCUUGGGAGCCACCACGAGAUCAACCACCAGAUCAGAGGCACAGAGAAAGCAUCAUAGCAAGCCAUCUACACGUGCAACAUCCAAACUUGGCAUCCCAGAAACAGUUUCUCCUAGAAAUCGCGAAAAGUUAGCAAAAGAGAAGUUAUCUACCAGCGAAAAAGUUAGUAAAUCUCCCCCAUUAGGAAGAUCAAAGACACAGCUCUCUCCUUCUGUCAAGCGCAAGAGAGAAGUCAGCCCUCCUGGUGCUCGAACAAGAGGCCAGCAGAGAGUGGACGAAAUGCCUCUGAAAAAGACGAAACGGUAAUGCUCAACGCCCUGGCUCUGGAGAGAAAGGGACAAGCCUCACCCAUGGGCUUUUUCUUUUUAAAAAACAAGAAAAGGAUCUGCAUGUGCUGUAAGUUCUAGGUUUGAGCUUGUUCCUAUUAUGUUUUAAACCGCUUUAUAAACCAUUGUUCAGAGAUGGUAUUAUGUACAUUCACAUCAGAUAAAGAAAGAUAAGUUUACUUUGUAUCUGAACUCAGCAAAGUAGUUGUAUAUUUUAACAGUGGAAAUUGGGGUUUCCCAAUGUGACACAUCACUAAUGCAAUCCUUCCAGCCCAUCAAACACCAGGCUGCCCCAUGGGGAUCUGUGUAUAGUAUAUAAACAUGUAAAAAUAGGCUGUAUUUUACUCAAUGUAUGAUGCUAAUCAAUGAACACUUUAUUUAUUUUACAGAGAAAUCUUAUCUGUGAACUUUACUAUAUAUCUGUUUAUUUUAUUUUAUUAUUCUUUUUAAUAAAAAGAGGGUUUUAAAUGCUAUGCAGUCAUUAGUAGAAGAGUUCUAGGACUCUGCCUGCCCUGUAACUAUCUGCAUAUGGCCUGGCAGGAAACAGAAAUUCACGCAUGCAUCCAAGUAAAGUAGUUUAGAUGAAGAACGGAUUCUGCUGCUUUCCGUCCACGGUCAUGACUGUUCUUUAAGAAUGUAACUUGUUUUUCAAUUACCCUUGCCCCUGUGGCUUUACCUCCAGCACCAUUAACGUAAGUGACUCUGGUUCAGGUAAAGUCGCGUCCUUCACCUGCAGGCAGCACCCUCUGUGGUUCAUUUUCUGUGCUGUUCCCAAGCCUCUGCCACCAUCUCCAUACUCUCUGUCUCAGUGAAGAGAAAUGCUUGAAGACUUCAUUGCUCCAAGCUAUCCAGCUUCAGGAUGUCAUGUUGUUUUAUACAAUUAUUUCAGGAUAGAAACUGGUUUUAUAGCCAGGUUCUUUUUUAAACAUGUUUUAACCCCCAUAAUGAACAAAUUAUCCAACUUAAGUUUUUUCACAAAGAAAUGUUUUCUUAAGAUUGGAUCUGUUUCUUGCAAUGAUAUGAUGAGUUGCCAAAUGAUUAAGGUCAUUUUAAAUGCUCUGUUCAUACUCUCGUUUUAUAAUUAAAAUUUACAUUCAUUGUGUGUGGGUUUUUCAUUGUUAGGGGUUAUGAAUUUUUUUUGUCUUUUUUAAAAUUUGGUUUUAUUUUAUUGUUUUGACUCUUAUUGUAAGGUGGAUAUUCUUGUCAUUUUACAUUGUUUCUUACUGAAAUUUUAUAUAUAAAUUAUAAAAUGUUUCC